GGGAGAGUUUGGGUAGUGGGACGAGUGGGAGUGUGGGUUGAAGGGAGGGUUGGGUGUGGUGGGAUGUUUCGGUUAUGGAUUUUGGUGCUACGGCUUCGAGUGUUUUGGGCUUGGGGGCUUAUUGGGCUGCGUGGGAUGGCGGUGGCUGUAUGGCGGUCGAUGCUAUGCUGCUGGGAUUGGAGAGGUGCUUUGGGAUCAUGGUGACGGUUUUUAGGAGGGGGCAGAGCGAGAACAGAGAGGAGAGGGCAAGGCCUCAUGUCACGUUCCAAAAGAGCGGCUACACUCUUACUGAGGAUUGUAGACACGGUCAAUACUGUGGGACACAGGUCACUUUGCGUCGAGAGAGAGACACCAAAGGACUGUCUAUAGACAUGCAAAACAUCCUUAUAAUUAGACCUCAAGCUAUCUCUUCAUAACAUC